AUGUUUUUCAAAGCAGAGACCACCAGCUCGGGCAGCGAUGCCUACGCCAAGGCCUUCAACAACAACUCCCUCUGGCGCCGUUCGCUCGCCGAGACGGACCCCGAGCUCUUCGAGUCCAUGGGCAAAGGCCAGUCCCCUCAGAUUCUCUGGAUCGGGUGUGCCGACUCCCGCUGCCCGGAGACCACCAUUCUGGGCCUCAACCCGGGCGAGAUCUUCUGCCACCGCAACAUCGCCAACAUCCUCGUCAACACCGACAUCAAUUCCCUUAGCGUCAUCCAAUUUGCCGUCCAGUACCUGAAGGUCAAGCACAUCAUCAUCUGCGGCCACACUUCCUGCGGCGGCAUCGCCGCCGCGCUGGGCAACAAGAAGCUCGGCCUGAUCGAUACCUGGCUCAUGCCCUUGCGCUCGCUUCGUCAGGAAAAUCUCCAGCUACUCGAGUCGCUGGACGAAGUCCAACGCGGGCUCAAGAUGGUGGAGCUCAAUGUCCGUGCCGGCGUCAAGAACCUUCUGGCGAAUCCCAUCGUCAUCGACGCCAUGCACGAAAGGGGACUGCAGGUCCACGGCCUGAUCUACAACGUCGGGACCGGCGAGUUGCGCGAACUGGACAUCGAGGAGGACGAGGACGUGGUAAAGAGCCGUGUUACUGCGUUCAAGACUGAGGAAUAG